AUGGCUAAUCAGAUUGCUGAGUCCGUCAACAUACGUGAGCAGCUUUCACAUGUUCUGAUUGAGUUAAAGGAUACUCAAGGACAACUUCUGACAUCGGAAAUAGAACUUGCAGCAGCAAAGGAUGCAAAGUUUGAGUUCUUGACAAAAUUAGAAGUAGUGGAAACUGCCUUUAGCUUGGAGAAGUUAAAGACAGAUGAACUUUUGAGGCAUGUGACAGAGCUUAAUGAAACAAUUAUGCAUCUGAAGAUGGCGGCAGCUGAAGCAGAGGAGGAAAAGAAUGCAGUAAUAUCAGAAAAAGAAGAAGAAAUACAACUGGCAGAAGCUGCAGUAACUCAAAUACAGCAACAGCUAGAAUCUGUGACACAACAAUUUGAACUGACGCAUUAUUUGGAGAAACAGUUCUUAGACAAGUCUGCAUUAGUUGAUUCACUGCAAGCGGGACUUCAAAAGGCAAAUGCCCUUCACAGUUCUUCUGAGAAAGUUGCGUUCGAUGCCCUUUGCGAACUAAACCAGUUGAAAGCAGAUUUGGAACUGAAGGAAGAGAAGAAUAUGGGUCAGGCUGUUUACAUCACCUUGCUAGAGAAUGAGCUCAAGGAGCUAAAGAUGGAACACAGUAAAGCAAAUGAGGAUAUCCUAAGGCUGGUUAGAAAUGCUGAAGAGAUGAGAAGGGAAUUGGAGAAGACAACAGGUGCGAUAACUGAGGCUAGUGAAAAGGAGAAUGAAGCACAAGUUGAGAUAGCAAAGCUGAAAGCUGAGCUCCAUAAAGGAAGGUCAAAAAUUGCUGCUGCUGUGGCUGCUGAAGAAAGGGCGAAGACUGAAAAGUCUGCUGUCUAUGCUGCACUACAACAACUAGCGGUGGAAGCUGAAGAAGCCAAGCAGAAGUAUCGACGGUUAAAAGCAUCUGGUAAACUUCCCGAAGAAAGUGGAAGCUUUUUUCCAUUCAUAAUCCAGCAUGAAUAUUCGACUCAGUCAAGGGAAGAUUCAUAUUGUGAGUCAAAAGCUGGUAAUGAAGAAAGUGACAAUAUGAAGACAGAUGUCCAAGUGACAAUUCUUAAGGAGGAAUAUGGAAGUUUAGUGAAAAAGGCCAAACAGGCAGACACUUUUCUGAAGCCAGGGCUCGAGGAUAGCCAUCAGUCAGAGAAUUUAAAGAAAGAGCUCGAAAUUGCAACAGGAAAGAUUGCAGAGUUCAGGAUGCGGGCUGAACAGGCAAUAAGCAGAGCUGAUGCUGCAGAGAGAGCUAAAUUAGAACUGGAGGAACAGAUAAAGAAGUUGAAGGAACGUAAGGCCAGGAGAAAAGCUGCUUUAACAGCAUUGCGUGAGGUCUCAGUUUCGAAAGAAAUUAAGGAGGUGUCAAGUUCAAAGGAAACUAGUAACACUUUCAGAUAUUACAAUGGUCCAAAAGUUUAUCAGCCUCUUGGUUAUGAGCAUGAAAAUUUUGGUUUUAAACUGUAUGAUCUUAUUGAAAAGAAAGUGAUCAGAAUCAGAGAUGUUGUCUUUCUUGAAAAUCAAACCAUUGAAGAUAUUAAUAAAGAUGACAAGUCAAGAUCCUCGAAUGACAUUCCUACUAGUUUAGAUCCAAAUCCAGUUUCAGUACUAGUACCAGUUGAUUUUGAUCAUGGGAGAGUUGAGAUAGAGCAGAGAGAGGAUAUUGAUGGUAAUGAUACUGCUACUGAUGAACUUGAGCAAUAG